AUGAAGAAACUAAAGACGGCAAUGGAGAAGCUGCAGAAGAGUUUCUUGUUGGCCAAGAGACAGAUCAGUGAUGACUUUGAAGAGGGUGGCGAGUCCAUGGGUGUGCCUGAGGACGUGAAAGAAGGGCACUUUGCAGUGGUGGCGAUUGAGGACGACCAAAUUAAGCGGUUCGUGGUGCCGCUCAGCUGCCUGACGCACCCUUCCUUCAUGAGGCUGUUGGAGAGAGCCGCCGAAGAGUACGGGUUCCACCAGGAGGGUGCACUCAUCGUUCCUUGCAGGCCAAGCGAGCUCGAGAGAAUAGUCGCCGAGCACUGGAUUAAGGGCUGUUAG